AUGGCGACCAGCACAAUUCCGUACAUUGGCAGCAAGAUCAGUUUGAUCUCAAAUUCGAACAUCCGAUACGAGGGAAUCCUGUACACCAUCAACACGCAGGAGUCCACAAUAGCCUUGCAGUCAGUUCGCUCGUUCGGCACGGAAGGUAGAAAAGUCCCAGAGAUCCCACCAUCGAGUGAGAUCUAUGACUUCAUCAUCUUCCGGGGGCAGGACAUCAAGGACCUGACUGUUCUGGAAGGCAGUGGUGGAGGCCAAGGUGCCUCACCUCAUUUGAAUGAUCCAGCCAUCAUGUCCAUGAAGAAACCUGCUGGUGGCCCUGGAAUGGAUGGCUCAAUGGGAAAGGCUGCGUCCAAAGGCACUUUUGCAUAUGGAGGCAACAACGAAAGCUGGGGUGCACCAUCGAAAGGUCAGGGGAAAAGUGCCCGACCAGCUCCAGCGGAGAACUUUUGGUAUGGAGCACAAGCCCCAAGCUGGGGAAAAGGUGACAAAGGUGCUGGAUCAGGAAGGGGAUGGGACAAGGGCUACGAGAAAGGCUACGAGAAAAGCUACGACAAAGGCUACGAAAAGGGCUAUGACAGGUACGACAAAGGUGCAUUCUACGACAUUUCAGGGCUUUAA